AAGGAGCGAUGAUGAGAGAAAAAGAAAAAAAAAGUGUGGGCGAGGGCUACUCUCCAAAUCAGGGUUUCAGUGAGUGAUGCUGCCGCCAUAGGUAGAGGCUGCACAGAAACAUGCUGGGAUUAAAGCAGUGAGUGGACCGACGGCUCCCCGCGCGCACCUGGUCUUAGCGUGACGCACAGGUUCCCGGAGUCACGUUGGAGCGGAGCCGGCGGCGGCGGAGGGAUCACCAAGUUGGGAUGUAUUGAGAGAGGAUGCUGGCGUCCCGCAGCUGUUAUUGCGCUUUAAAUCUGAACGCAAAAUAAAAGGGAAGGUGUGAAGAUUUCUUCUCCUCUGGCGCCUCAAGAAAGCUAUAAAACUAUGCGGAUUUUGUCCCGUUUAUGUUAAGCUGCGAGAAGCCCGGGUGUUGGAGGGAUUUUGGAAAUUGAUUGGGAUCUGAUCCAAGUGGCGCAUCCACCGCUCCGACUGCGCGUAAUGGGAGAAAAGUUUCGGAGGCGCUCGCAUCAUCCCGCCACUUGUAAAUAACAUGUGAACCCCGCUUCUUCUGAACGCAUCAGACCAAGUUUCCUAGUGAAUUUCUAACCAUCCAUUAUGACUUGAAACACUCCUGGGGGAGAUCGGGACUCUAAUCAAACCAGCGAACGAUCCCCGCACCGCCAAAGAAGCGCAGACGGACAUUUCGGAUCUAGAGGAGAGGAUUUCUGCAGCACCGCAGUGAAGAAGCCCGAUCCGCUUGAUACAGAGACAGGUUCCGUUUGGAUGGCUGUGAUGCUUCACCAGCUCGGACAGAGGUGUGUGAUGGAGCUGGUGCUGCUGGCCGUCCUGUCCUGGGUCACCGUGUGGGCGGAGGAGAAGAUCAUAUUUGACAGGCACGCCGUUUACUGGAACAGCUCCAAUCCCAAGUUCUGGCAUGGCGAGUACAGAGUGGCAGUGAACAUCAAUGACUAUCUAGACAUCUAUUGUCCUUUCUACGAGGGUCCUCCAUCCCAUGGGCGAAUGGAGCGCUACAUCCUUUUUAUGGUCAACCACGAAGGCUACACUUCCUGCCAGCACAGAAUGCGUGGCUUCAAACGCUGGGAGUGCAACCGCCCUAGUGGUCCUGAUGGCCCCCUGCGCUUUUCAGAGAAGUUCCAGCUCUUCACUCCGUUCUCGCUGGGCUUUGAGUUCAGGCCGGGGCACGAGUACUACUACAUCUCAUCUCCUCACCCAAACCAUGUGGGCCGGGCCUGUCUAAAGCUGAAGGUGUAUGUCAGACCUCCAGAUGGGUCGGGAUAUGAUUCUCCGGAGCCGUUCCUGACUGACGGUGGUCCAGAAUCCAACGCGGGUGGUGCGGUCCUGUUAGCGGCUCUGGCCCCACUCCUCCUGGGACCAGUCUUUGGGCUGUGACUACCCCUUCUCCCCCUCUUCUUGGAGCGCCCAUGCUGGGAUGAUGGGCUGGGCUGGCUGUCCCUCUAAAUCCACCACCCCUCAGGGAAGCCCUCUGUCUCCACCCUCUUCCUUCUUCCCUCCUCCACUGCAGUAUGACCACCAACCACCCUCCACUGCCAGCCCCCCUUUCAUGGCCAAGCCACAGACACCCUUCCCUGGAAUACCUGCAAUUUUUUUAUAAGCAGUAUGGGAAGCUACCCUUCCUUCUCUUUUCCCUGAAUCCCAGGCGGAGCAGCACCUUUCAGCUGAAAACACGAGAGAAAUGUCUCAGCACUCAUAUCAGGGGGUCGUUUUUUGACUUUUGACUCUUGCCCACUGAUGGGAUAGAAGUAGCCAUGGCUAUGAUUAAACUUGUCGUUCCAUUGCAGUCCCUAUCCUGCAAUCUCGGCUGGAGGCAUUAGGCGAUAGGCCUGAGUGCACAAAGAUUGGUUUUUUGCUCUCAUGGUUUUCCCUUCCUCCAAAUACGAAUUGGAAGUGGCCAAGUUGGCAUUAAAAUUGGAAUUCAAUACAAACGUAGACCAUCUCCAAAGUACAAUGAGGAUGAGAGUGAUUAUAAUGAGCAGGAGAAAAGUUACCUGGACUUUACUGCAAAGAAAAAAAAGUGUGAAAGAAUUUUAAACUAGGCCAAGUAAGACAUGUCACUUGCUACAGCGUCAUGGAAACUUAUUCACAGUUGGUAUUUUUAACGCAGUUAACUAAAAUGUAUUUCACUGAUAAUUUAUAAGAUAAAACAUCACAAUGUAACAGAAUAUUGACGAGUCGAAGUGAAAGUAUAAACAUUCAUCUGUUUUUUAUUAUAUAAACAUUCAAAACUGUGGCAGGCACUGCAUUCCUCCUCCAUCUUUCAGUCCAGUUAAUUUGACAAGCCUUUUUGGGUAGUAACUCUAAAAGCUUUGAACAUCUUUACAGCAGCUUGACCCAUUCUUGUUUUGCAAAGUAGAUGCAGUUCAGAUUAGAUGCAGUCAAUGAAUAUCAGUCUUUAAGUCUUGACUGACUUCUAACUGGAUGUUGGUCUGGGCUUUGACUAGGCCAUUUUAGCUCAUGGCAAUUUAUCUAAAUAAUUUUACUGUAGUUUUGGUUGUAUUUUUAUGGUAUUCUUAAGUCUCCUCUAGCCUCUACAAUAUAGAUAAUAGAUAAUAUAGACAAUAGAUAUCCAAUGUUGGUCAUCGAGGCCCUCUGUCAAUGAUUUUCAAUGAUGGGCAAUAAGCAAACUUUUACUAAAGUGCAAUUAUGUGAAUUAGCUAUGUGCUAAAGCACGGAAACAUCUAAAACUUGCAGGACACUGGCCCUCAGGGACCGACUUUGGACCUGCUCUAAUAACAGGCCUUGGGUUUUCACUCUAUAUUGCCCCCAUAUAUCCUCCCAAAGGCUCUAAGAAUCUCUCAAAAUGCAGCCUGUCCCUGCUGAAGACACCACUGCCUACUAACCUUGUAAGAUGGUGUGUUCAAGGAAAUUGGGUUUUGUUUUUCUCUAAAAAUAGUGUUUUAUUUUGGACCCAUUAUCCCCUUCUAAGAUGCUGAACAUGGUUUGUUUUAUACAGGGGUUUUUUACAGGGUUUAUUUUGGCUCAACAGUGGGUUUGUUUUGUUGGUUAACUAAAAGUCAGAUCUAGAAAGUGCAGUUGACGGAUUUUCCCACCUUAGCUGGUCAGUUUGGUUUAUUUCCAUAAUCUGUUAAUCAACUGAACAGAGCUCUGUGAGAUGUUCAAAGCUUGAAUUAAUAUUUUGUAGUCUACCUCUGCUUGAAAUAUUAUCUAACAAACCGGGCCUUCACCAAACAGCUGAAUUUAUGGUGCAAUUAGAUAACACCCAGAUGGACCCGACUUACUAAUUAGGCAACUAAAAGGCAAUUUGCUUCACUGGAUUUUAUUUGCAAAUAUCAGAGUAAAAGGGGCUGAAUUCAAAUCUACACCACACUUUUCAGAUUUUUAUGUGCAGAAACAGUAGAAAACAAUCUGUUCUAUCUUUUACUUGCAAUUCCCUCAGCUUGUUCUGUUGAAGUUUGAUACGUCAAAAUUCAGAUAAACUCCCUUAAAUUCUCAAAAAAGCUUUUACGCUCCCUUGAGGUGUUUUUUGUUUUUGCUAAAAAGGGUUGAUGUACAAAACGGGAGAUGCAAACUUUUUUUUUUUGAAUAAGCUCCGAUAUUGCGACCUUUUAAUGACAUGACUGAUCAGCUGUUUCUGCUGUCGCCGUCUUCUGGAAUCUUCCCUUUAUGCGUGUAUACAUGGCUGGAAGCGGAAUCACCAUUACUAACUGACAUGUUAAUGUAAGAAAAACUUCCCCCAUAGCAACACAUUCAGUAAAACCUUCCGCCAUAACUCAUCUCUGGUCAUGGGUAGGUUGUGGCCUCUGCUUCCAGUUUACUAUAGCCGUGGCUAAAGACGUUUUGUGGACAACAACCAUAAGACAGAAUUAUGCGUUGCAAUGCUUAGAUAUUUCACUUCAAACCAAUUACAAAGAGCAAAAACUCACAUUUCUAACUUUUAAAAGUUUACUUAAAAUUCAAAUUUCAGUUGAAUGGAAGCAUGCCUACCUUACAGUUCUACUCUACUGAUACUGCAUUCCAUUUAUUCUGGAACUAUCGAGAUGGAAGUAUUUAAAUUGUUCACCUUAUGGCCACUAAGGCCACUGCUACAACAUAGCAAUGAAAACAAGAAUUUCAUGCAGUAUCUUGUGAAUACAUGAAGCAUUGAUAUAUCUUGUUUUAUAGUACAUGCAUGAAAACAGUCAAAGCAGAAACAUUUUAUUUCUGUCGAUGCAAAUAGCAGCAAUUAUAAAUGCGGACGUCUGGAAUUGUCCCGUUGCCCCACAUAUCAAAACUCGUAAUUGUUACAUGUGGCAAUGUUCAAAUCGAAAUUUACUUCUUGGAGGUCAGAAAUCUUGACUUCAAAGAACAAAUGAAGCACAGUAUCAGUGUAACUCUAGCACAUAAAAGCCCAAUUGAAGUUCAAUUUAAAAUGUGAAGAAGUUCAGGUGGUGUGAAUAUUUUGGCCAUAUGAUCUUUGUGUACGUUCAAUGCAGUAGAAGUUCUAAAAGAUAACUGAGUUGGAUUUUUCAGAGGCUUAGAAUUCACAUUGCGGCGACAAGUAUAACCAUAGCCUGUUUUACUGGCACAGGGUAUUGGGUGGGUUGUCAUUGGUGGGUUUUAUGGGAUGUAGAUUUUCAGGUGGGCUGUGUUUUGUCUUUUAUGUGUUUCUAAACAAAGCAUUUAUCACGGCCUGGCCUGCACAGGCGUCUCCAGCACUAGCUAACGUUGUCUGGGUCGGGUGACUUUUGGAACCAUGACUUUCUCUUGUAUGAAUGUAUCACUGGCCACCCACCACUUUGUUGUUGUUUUUUUUUUCUGUAUUGUCAUGACUGUGGUCACUUACAGUACCUUCUGUCGGACUGGCAGGAUUUCUCAAAGGCUCUGAGAUUCUAAAGGAAGGCGGGGUGACGGGUGGGAGUGAAGGUCAGGUGAGAAAAGGAGGCGACACUCAAGUUGCAUGACCACUGUGAAACCUUCAGAUCAAACUUGUUUCUAUUGAUAUAUUUUUUCAUGGUGAAAAAAAAAAAAAAACGGAAAAUAAUCUGACAACAUCGCGCUUCAACUCUCUUGCUCUCCUUGAGAGUUUUUCAGACAUCAAAGGGGGGGGAAAAAAUUCAGACUCUUUCCUCACAUGGGUUCUCCUGUCUGGGCUCUCAGUCGUUGAUGGAUUAGCUCAGGCCGGAAAGAUAAAUGGACCCGCAGGGCGAAACUGACUGGAAAUCGGGCCCCUGGAGCCCAACUCGGAUCACGACGGACGUAAACAAGGACUGAAGCUGAUCCCAGGUCCGGGGGGUUAAACCAAUAAAGGAAGCACAUAGACUGUGGCAAAUGAGGCGAGGUGUGUAAACGUGUGAGGUAGCAUCACAAAGACACACAUACGCACAUGCACGCAGACAUAUACACAAACACUUCAUAGUGAAAGCACACACGGACAGAAGCAAACAGUGGAAGAAAGAGUGUUUGAUUGAACUCAAACAUUAACAGUAAGCACUGUUAACACACAUACACACACAUGUACACACACAGAGCAGUCCAUGUACAGAUAAACACACUCGCCAACAUACAUGCAAAAAAGUGUGCAGUUCUAGGCAUUUACAAAAACAUGCAAACGUGUACAAAACACAACCAAGGGGAAAAUGCUUGUUCCUCUGUUCCAUCUUAUUUUUGUAGCAUUUAAAAUCACUGUUAAAUACUCCUUUGUGGGAUGCAGUGAUGGGUUAUAGCCUCUGACGGAUUACAAAAAUACUGUAUGUGUCUUCUCUUCUGUCCCACUGAUACUGUCCUUCUAGAUUUUUUUUCUUUUCUCUUCCCCGGUUUGUGAUCCACGGUUGAUAGCGGUAGGAUGCCUCCAGGUCUGAGCGUCAUGUAUGGAUUUGUCUCCUUUUCUGUUCAUGGUGUUUUUAGGGCGGCCUUUUCGCUGCUGAGGUCGCUCCGACAGACGAAGGCGUACACAGAAGUCGGCUAAAGGAGAGAAACAACACAAAUAAAGAUUGUCUUUUGUCUACUCGAAAA